AUUUAUUUUAUAUUUGGGAGACUCAAAAAAAUCAAAAAGAUUUGAUUCUGUGGCAAACAUAAGAGAGCUGCUUAUUCAACACAAAGUUGUCUGCCUACAGUAUGACUGUAACAUGUAACUGCACCCAUACAAUAUUAUAAAACCACGUCUUCUGUAGUUUUGUAGUUUCAGUAGCUUCUGGAGCCAACAUCCCAAUUUCCACUUUGAUGACCCAUAUCACAGAUCUUUAGUCACCAAGUAUUACCUGAGGUGAACUGUGUAAUUCUGAAUGGAUCGGCCCCCCAGAGGGAGAGCACAGCCUCGAGAGCAACCCUCCCUGUGAUCUCCUGAUGGCUUUACCUCAGCUCCACUAGACCAACAUAAUUAUGUUCACCUUUAACCUUAGUGUCAAAACAAUGAAGUCAUUGAGCUGAGGUAGCAGCACACAUCCUGACACAGUUUGAAAUUGUCACUGCCAAUGAAAAUCUUUCCACUAGUUCACUCUUAAAUUAUAAACUGUAGUAGUAAGAGAACAAUUAGGUAUCCUCUAUGUUCCCCUUGCUGAUUAUUUAAAAAAAAAUACUUAUUUAAUUAAUUAUUUAUUUUCCAUAAAGAUACCAACCAAUGAAGGUAUGCUGUUGAUUGCAGUGCUUAUUUCUAGCUAUCCCGAACUGCCUCUGUGCCGCCGUAUGUUCCUACCCCAUGUCACCCCAGAGAAAUUAGGUGAUGUCUGUGUUUUUAUGGCUGUCAUUUUUGAUCAGAUUCCUAAUGGGUUUCCCAGGACUGGUCCAAGGCUGAGUUAGAAACAGAGCUGGCUGUUUGCCACUACUCCUCCGUGCCAGGCUCAACAGUUGGAUCCCCGACAAGCCUGUCACAUUGAUUUCUAAGCCCAGAAUAUUUCAGUUGGUGAUGUGAGAUAGAUGGUGAGCAUGUGGUUAUGUGCUCUAAAAGAAGACAAAGGGACAGGGAAUAUACAGGCCAAGUAUCUCUGCUGUAGUUCUUUGUGGUUUUCAGUACCAAGAAUAGGGCAAUUUUGGCACAGAAAUUUUGCAAAUAAAGAAUGUGUUAAACUGGUUAAAUUUUGUCUCAUGGUAGUUUUCUGAAGAUGUAAGCUGUGGCAAGCAGCUACUUCAAAGGAGGGAAACUAUGCUUUUGAAGAAAAAAACAGUGGUAUAUUUUUAGUUUUUCCGAGUAAGCACUUGUUCACUGCACGAUGACCCAGAGCUCCCCUUGUCUUAUUUUAGGUAGCUGAGGGACCUUCCGCAUGCAUGGCCGAUGGGCCUUGGCUCACCUUUUACCUCACUAGCCCCUGGGCUGAAGGAUUAUGGGUAACCUCAUCAGCCGGCCCAGCUGCCUGGGCCAGAAGUCCAAGCAUGUUCGGUCAGAUGAGGACUUCCUAAAGGAGUGCUACCAGCGACGAAGAGAGUGGCAACCCCCAGAGCAACAUGGAGAGGCCAAACCAGAUGUGGCUGUCAAAGACAAAGAAAGCGAGUAUGAAAAAAAGGAAAGAGAGAUGGAGAAUGACACCGAGGCUCAGGAAACUGAUCAAAAGAGAGAGGAAGGGACUCAUACCCCCAUUUCAGACAAACUUCUCCACAGCUCUCCUGCCUCCACAAUCAGGAGCACCAGUACUCUAGAUAAUGCCUGGCACAGCAGCCCGUCUCCAAUAAAAACAUCUAGGAAUGGAACACUAACAAGGAGGACAGUGCCUCCAGACUUUGCUAGAUCCCCCUUGGCUCACCCAGACAAGAGUGCUGCUGACAGGAGGGCCAGCUUCCAAAGGAGAGACUCCAGAGAAGGGAGCCCUUGGUCCUGGAAGACCCUGACAUCACGAGAGGUUACAGAGGUGACAGAGGUGACAGAGACAAUCGUAACUGAAAUUGUGGAAGUGACAGAGUAUCCAUCUGGCCAAAAGGGAGGAGACCCCAUAGUGACCAGAACUGUUAGAGUCCUGAAUGGUGCUGCAGAGGAACUCGCUGAGCUCCAAAGUGAUGGACACUCAAGCUCGGACCAGGAUUCCAGUCUGGAUAGAUGGAGGGGAACAAGAUCUGCCUUGGCACUCAAGGAUGUGUCAACAGAUUCUGAGACAUUUCUCCAGAACCUAGAAGCUUUGCUCACAUGGGUCUGUGAGAUAGAAGAGCUCACGGCCAAUCAGAAACCCCCAUCUUCAGAGGUCAAAGUAGUGAAAGCACAGCUCCAGGAACAAAAGCUCUUGCAGCGCCUAUUAACAGACCGAAGGCGUAGUAUGGACUCUAUGAUGCUGGAGGGACCUCGGUUGGUGGAGGCCCACCCAGGACAGGAGGGGGAGCAGGCAAAGGUCAAGCUCUCCACUCUCAAACAGAAGUGGGAGGUCUUACAGCUAGAGGCAGAGGAACGGAGAGCGAGUCUGGAGCUUAUUCUGCCCAGGGCCCAGCUCUUCCAGGAAGGAGUAGACAGCUUACAGCAAUGGUUCAUAUCUUCGGAGCAGACCCUAGCUGAACUACGCAAUGCAGAGAGAGUAAUGCUCCAUCUCUCGGAGGCCACAGAUCGGGCCAAGGCUGUUGUCAAAGAGAUUCAAGUCAAAACUGCUGACCUUGGGAGAAUACAAAAGUCAGGACAUGAUGUGAUGGAAGCAAUAUCAGAGGAGGAAGCCCAGCAGGUACAGGAGAAGAUGGAUGCUCUGCGUAUCCGUUGCUCUGUGCUGAGUCUAAGCAGUCUGGAUGUACUGCAGAGGCUGGAGCAGGCCCUGGAGGCCUCCAGUCGCUGUACCUCUAGUCAGGAGGACCUCCACCUGUGGCUGGGCCGCAUCGAGAGGGAGCUCCUGGGGGCAGCAGGGGCACAAACACAUGCUGGCGAUGCAGUACUAUGUGCAGCUGAGAGGCAGAGGCUGGAACAGGCAGUGGUUAAGGAGAUGGCUUGGUUCAGAGACACAGCACUGAGUCUCGAAAAGCUGAAAACUAUUAAUCUGGAUCCAGAGCUCAUAGCAGAACAACUCUAUGAGCAGAAGAUUUUGGCCGUGGAGAUUCUCCAACACAGGUUCAAUAUUGAGAAGAUGGUGAAGAUUGCUGAAAUCUUGCUGACAUACAGUGAUGAAGGAGAAACAGGCGAUUUGCGGACUCCAUUAGAAGCUUUGGAGGAACAAUGCAACACCACCUCAGCCACCAAUUCCCAUGUGGUCCUGCAGCUUGAGCAUGCUCAGUCACUUCUUCUCCAGUUCUCUGAGGGACUUACAGAGGUUUCACCCUGGCUUGAAGAAACUCAAACCCUAAUUGGCCAGCUCUCCCUUAGCACAAUUAGCUAUGAGGCAUUUCGGGAACAACAGGACCUCUUACAGGGUCUGAGGGAGUCUAUAGCAGAACACCGACCCUUGAUUGCACGCUUAUGCUCUCUGGCAAAACGCUUGUCAGAACUAAACCCUGUUCAAGGGAACGAGUUCUGUCGAAAGGCUAGAGAGGCUGAAGGGCAGCAUGGAGCCAUCAGAGACCGAGUCAAACAGACUGCUAAUCUACUUGAAGAGUCUUUGCCUCGAUUCACACAGCUGAAUGAGAGGAUGACCGUUAUCAGAGAGAGUCUUGACCACCUGCGCAGUCGCAUACAGACUCCCAGUUCUCUGCAAGGCCUCACCCCAAGGAUCCAGGAGCAGCUGCAGGACAACAAGCACAUGCUGGCUGAGCUGUCCAAGCUGGAGCUGGGUCUUGGUAGUGUCAAGACACAGGCAAAUGAGCUGCUGGCUAACACCCAGGCAGCUGGUGAUGGAUCUGUUGGUGCAGCAAUCCAGGAACAAGUGUCCAGCCUGUCCCAGAUGUGGGAUGAGACACAUACUCAGGCCCUGGAGAGGGAAAGUUGGCUGCUCAAAGUCUUGGAUCUGGCCCUGAAGUUUUGGAGUGAUGUCGGUGAUGUCACCACUGCUCUCACUGAUGCUCAGCAGGCAGUGUUAGAUCUUAAUGCUAGUCGGACAGACUCCGAAACAAUCCGCCAGAGCCUGGAAACCAUGCAGACUCUCAGGGAGGAUAUUGACAGUUUACAGGGAGAUCUGGACACACUAGGCGUUUUGGGAAUGGAUCUGAUGUCAGCAUGUGGGGAUACAGACAAACCAGAUGUCACAAAGAGUCUCGAUGAACUCUAUUGUACAUGGAACAACUUGAGCAAACUGUGGAAUGAAUGUCACAAAAAGCUGGAGGACUCCUUACAGAUGGCAUUACAUUAUCAAGACACAAUGCAGGGUCUUUUUGAGUGGUUGAAGUCAGCUGAACUGAGGUCUACUGAAGAGUUUGUGGUAGGAACCGACCUGGAAUCAGUCAAAGAGCAGCUAUGUGACCUCAAGGAAUUUAAGCGAGAGCUGUAUCAGAAGAAAAUAGAGAUAGAAAGCCUGAACCAUCGCUUUGUGUGCCGCCUGUCUCCAGGGUCAGAGCGACCAGGCUCUGUCUCACCGCUUUGUGACUUCAGACAGCGCUGGGACGGCUUGGAGUCAGAGACUGUCGGCAGACAGCAUCAACUGGAGUGUGCUCUGCUGGGUCUGGGUCAGUUCCAAAACACGCUGGAUGAGCUGCACACAUGGCUGUCUCGGACUGCUGAGCAACUGCAGGGCAGCCAGCCUGUCAGUAUUGACCUGCAGACCUGUGAAAUAGAGCUGGCCAAACACAAGGUCUUGCGUAAUGAUGUCAUGUCCCAUGUUCGCACAAUGGAGUCCCUAAACCAGGCAGGCAGAGGGCUGCUGGAGGUUGGGUCCGGAGACAGCCCUCAUGGUCUGCAGUCUCGGCUGGAGCAACUCAAUGACAGCUGGGAGUUUGUCCGCUGUGAGACUGAACGCAGGCAGCUGGAAUUAGAGAACAGACUGAGUCAGGUACAAGAUGUUACAAUGGAAAUUCAGGAUCUUUUGCAGUGGCUGGAGAACACAGACCUGAGAAUGUCCUCCUCUAAAACUAUGUGGGGUGUGCCAGACUCUGCCAGUGAAAGGCUCAAUGCACACUUGGAGUUGUGCAAUGAGAUGGAGUCAAAGCUCCACGCCUACACGGAUGUGAAGAAUGCCAUCUACAGGAUGCUGGAGAGCAGCAAUGUUGUCCGGGGAUCGAGCACCGAACACAGCUUAUCUAUUCUUGAACAGAAAUGGGCAUCUGUUUACAGCAAAAUCCAGGAGAGGAAGGCAAAGCUUACAGAAGGGCUGAGUUUGGCUAAGGAGUUCCACAGUAAUGUCCAGGAUCUUCUCUUUAAGAUGAGCAAGUGUGAAGAGUCUAUUGGGCUUCUUCCUGCUCCCAGUUUUGUUCUGGACACAGUUUGUACUCAACUGCGAGACCAUAGAACACUGAUGAAUGAGGUGAAUGGCCAUGGUGAGAAGAAGACCACAGUGGAGAAUACAGCCCGUAGACUAACAGAGCUGAGCAGGAAAGAAGACUGUGAUGUCAUUCAUAACCUCAUCAUGACGGUUCAGGAUCGCUACAAAAAGCUACAGCAACGUGCUUCAGAAAGAGGCAGGAUGCUGGAGGAGGUCAAGAAGAAUGCCAAACAGUUUAAUGAAUCAUGGUGCCUGUUAGUGGACUGGAUGGCGGAGGUUGAACAGACAUUAGACACACAUAAAGAGAUUGCUGUGUCCCACGAGGAGAUAAAACAACAACUGACUGAACAGAAGGAGUUCCAGAAACUUCUGAGGUCAAAGAGACCAAUGUACGAAGCUACCUCAAAGAAUGGACGCAGCCUUCAUGAAAGAGCUCAAACCAGCAACGAUAGACAGCAUCUUGAAAAUCUACUGGCUGAGCUCAAAGACACUUGGGACACCAUCAAUGGCAAGUCCAUGGAGAGACAACACAAGUUGGAGGAAGCACUGCUGUUCUCAGGUAGAUUCACUGACGCUCUCCAGGCCCUGAAUGACUGGCUGUACAGAGCGGAGCCCCAACUAGCUGAGGAUGUUCCUGUUGGUGGAGACAAAGACAUGGUGCACAACCUGAUAGACAAACACAAGGCAUUCCAAAAGGAGUUAGGAAAGCGAGCUGGAUGCAUUAGGACCCUGAAGCGCUCUGUGAGGGAUCUAACCAGGAGCAGCACAGCUGAUGCUCACUGGCUGCAGGAGCAGAUGGAUGAGCUGGAGGGCCGCUGGGAGGCAGUGUGUAAGCUGUCGGUCAGCAAGCAAGACAGACUGGAGGCUGCACUUCAGCAGGCUGUGAAGUUUGAUGGCCUUGUCCACUCUUUCAUGGAACGCCUCACUGAGGCAGAGAGGAUCCUGAAAUAUGGGGUGAUACCAGAGGAGGAGGAAGGUUUGCUUGCUUUCUGCAAACAACACAAGGAAUCUAUGGGUGCCCUGCAGGCCCAGGCAGUGGAGUUACAGAACAUCCACUGUCUGGGUGAGGAGAUCCUGUCCUUCUGUCACCCAGAUUCCAUUAUCACCCUAAAAUCUUGGAUCAGUGUCACCAAGACCCGCUAUGAGGAGGUUCAGACCUGGGCUCAGCAGCAGGGUCAGAAGAUUGAGGCCAGUUUGGCAGCAAUGGAGGCAGAGAGGGAGGAAGUCCAGAGGCUGCUGGACUGGAUCUCCUCGGCAGAAGAAGCCCUCAGCCUUAGAGACCAAGAGCCUCUGCCUGAGAGCACAGAGCAGAAUCAAGAACUGAUCGAGCAGCACACAGUAUUCAUGGAGGAGUUAAAUAAGAAGUUUCCAGAGGUUGAGCAUGCCACAAGAUCCUGCAAGCACAAGAGUGUCUCUAAACAGCAAGUUUCCCCCAGCAAGCGGCCACUUGCAAAGAGGAGGAGCAAUCUGAAAAUGCAGCCUACUGUACCGGUUCCCCUGGAGCACCUUGACCCCCACACCCCAGAGCUCAGUCAGCUGGUCAGUCAGUGGCAGAAACUUUGGCUCCUGGCUGUGGCGAGGCAAAAACAUCUGGAACAACACCAGCAAGCACUCAAAGAGAUGGAGGAAUUUGCAAACUUUGACUUCAAUAUUUGGCGAAAGCGUUACAUACAGUGGAUUAGCCAUUUGAAGUCACGGAUCCUGGAUGUGUUCCGCAGCAUCGACCGGGACCAGGAUGGACGCAUCAGCCAGAAGGAGUUUGUUGAUUAUGUCCUUGCCUCCAAAUUUCCUACCAAUUCGUUGGAGAUGAACGCAGUAGCAAACAUCUUUGACAUGAACAGCGAUGGCUUCAUUGACUACUAUGAAUUUGUUAGUGCACUUCACCCCAGCAGAGACCCCUACAGGAAAACACUAGACGCAGAUCAAAUCAACGAAGAGGUAUGAACAGUGUCUGCAUAAGAAAACACACAAAUGUGGUGAG